AUGGCGGGGAUUGCACAAGCUCUGCACCGCAGCCUGGAGGAGGCGCUGGCCGCAGCCGGCAGGGUGCGACCCAGGGGUCACAUGGACACCCUCCGGCACGUUCCUCUUCCCCGCUGGGGGCCGCCCGGUUCCUCUUCCAACGGCAGCCCGGUCUUUAGGUCUCGGCUCCCUGGAGGCUGCGGGCCUGGGGGGGCUUGGUCGGGGGCAACCCUGUUCGCGGCCCUCUGGCUCCUGCGGUGGCCGGGUGGGGCCCCCCGGGGCCCCCCGGCCCCCCGGCCCCCGGUCACCAUCCUCGUCUGGCACUGGCCGUUUGCGGGGCAGCCCCCGGAGCUGCCCGGUGACACCUGCACGCGGUACGGCGUGGCCCGCUGCCGCCUGAGCACCAACCGGAGCCUGCUGGCCAGCGCCGACGCCGUGGUCUUCCACCACCGCGAGCUGGAGACCCGGGGGUCCCGCCUGCCCCUGGCCCAGCGGCCCCCCGGGCAGCCCUGGAUCUGGGCCUCCAUGGAGUCCCCCAGCCACACCCACGGCCUCGGGCGCCUCCGGGGAAUCUUCAACUGGGUGCUGAGCUACCGGCGCGACUCCGACAUCUUUGUGCCCUACGGCCGCCUGGAGCCCCACGCGGGCCCCGCGCCCCCACGGCCCCCCAAGAGCGGGAUGGCCGCCUGGGUGGUGAGCAACUUCCAGGAGCGGCAGAGGCGGGCCCGGCUGUACCGGCAGCUGGCCCCUCACCUGCGGGUGGACGUGUUCGGGCGUGCCAGCGGGCGGCCCCUGUGUGCCCGCUGCCUGCUGCCCACGGUGGCCCGGUACCGCUUCUACCUGUCCUUUGAGAACUCGCAGCACCGCGACUACAUCACCGAGAAGCUGUGGCGCAACGCGCUGGCCGCCGCCGUCCCCGUGGUGCUGGGCCCCCCGCGGGCCACGUACGAGGCCUUCCUGCCUCCCGAGGCCUUCGUGCACGUGGACGACUUCGGCUCCGCCCGCGAGCUGGCCGCGUUCCUCUCGGGCAUGAACGAGAGCCGCUACGGCCGCUUCUUUGCCUGGCGGGACAAGCUCCGGGUGCGGCUGCUGGGGGACUGGCGGGAGCGCUUCUGUGCCAUCUGCCCGCUCUACCGCCUGCCCCGCGGCCAGGUCUACGAGGACCUGGACGGCUGGUUCCGGGCCUGA